UCUGAUUACAACAUCCAGAAAGAGUCCACUCUGCACCUGGUCCUGCGCCUGAGAGGUGGCGUGCAGAUCUUCGUGAAGACCCUGACCGGCAAGACCAUCACCCUGGAGGUGGAGCCUAGUGACACCAUCGAAAAUGUAAAGGCCAAGAUCCAAGAUAAAGAGGGCAUCCCCCCUGACCAGCAGAGGCUUAUCUUUGCCGGCAAGCAGCUAGAAGAUGGCCGCACUCUUUCUGAUUACAACAUCCAGAAAGAGUCAACUCUCCACCUGGUUCUCCCUCUGAGGAGUGGCUGUUAAUUCUUCAGUUUUGAAUUUGUAGUGCCCAAUGAUGGCAUUGCUCUGCACUAUAGCCAUUUUGCCCCAAUUUAAGUUUAGAAAUUACCAGUUUCAGUAAUAACUGAGUCACUGGUUUUCUCAAUAGCUGUUCAAAAUAUUAAUAAAAGUUUUGUUGCAUGGUAAAAAA